UAUGAACAAUGUAUAAAUCCUACUAUAUGUGUUCCUAACAGCUAAGACUGUAAUAAAAAUCAUCCAUCCAUAAAAUACAGAAGUCCUUAUUUUCUAAUGGUAAUACAAAUUAAUUAUUUUAGGUUUGCCUUGUUAUUCAUCUAAUAAAUAUUUGAUUUGUUUUAUUUCUUUGAUUCCAUAUCAUGGAUGUGCUUGAUUAUGUAGAUGACAUUCAUAUUUUUGAAAUUCCAACAUUUGAAUUAUUGUGCAGUCUAUCUAUAGAACAUUUAAAUUGAAAAGGUCCUAACAGAAAUAAGAUAUCAAAUGUCUUACAUCUUAGUUACAACCACAUCUAAAAUAAUUAAAUUGAUUUUUGUUAAGAUAUUGUAAUCUAUAGAAAAUUAGUAAUUGACUGAUGAACGUUAAUCUAAAUUACAAUAAUAAUUAUUGGAUGUGAGCCAAUUUAUAGAAAUUGAAACUCAAAAUAGAUGCAAUAAAUCAUAACUUAAUUAAACUUAAAUAAUGGAUUAGACUUUGAAUCUCAAUUACACAAUUAUUGAAAAGUGUGAUGAUUUACCAUCAUAAUAAAAUAGAGAAAAUUUAGAAAUUUUAAAAGAAUUAAAUGUUUCAGCAAAAAAAUAAGAAUAGGUUAAACAUUAGAUAAAUGUUUAGCCAAUAGCAUAAUAAGUUUAAUAAAAGAAGUUACCAUAAGAAUAGUUAAAAUAAUCCUUAUAAAUUUAGAAUUAGAAUACUAAUUAAAAUAAUAAUUAGAAUUCUGUUUAAAAAUCAAAAUCUCCUGAAUAAAUUAAAUCAGUUAGAACAUCUUCAGAUUUAAGUUCAUUAAGAAAAACAUUAGAUCUCUUAUAAACAGAUGAAAAGAUCUCAUCAAGAAUUGUAGUUGAAGCAUUAUAAGAGAAAGUAUAAGAAAGUAAAGUUAAUCCUUCAAAACAUGAAUUAUUUUAGAAGAUGUAAUAAUGUAAAGAGAAGAUUUUACAAUAACAAAAAUAGAAUUCUAAUUUUUAUGAAUGAAAA